GACUGGCGAUUGCAGAUUUAGGAAGUCUGAUAAUCCUUGUAUAUGCAAAUGUAUGCCUCACUGAUUUAGAUUUACCCUUCGAUUUGUUUGAAACUCAGUACUAUGUUGCUGCAAUGCCUCAUACAAUUUUUACUCGGAUAUCUACAAUGAUCACAGCAACAAUCACAG